UUGCCUCCAGGUGGUGGUGGGAGGAGCCCAAACCCACCUGAGCUCUGUGGGCGGGGCUUAUCCCUCUUUUUGCCUUGCUAGAGAAAAAGCACAGAAAAGAGAUUAAUUAUCAGAAUAAAACUACCAACUGUUCGAGUACAAUUAUUUCAGUUUUAGACCAGUUAAAGCAAACAGAGUUGUCCAAAUAUGUCAUUAAGAUGGUAGAUAAAAAACUGUUUUUUACUCCGAUGUUGAGCGUGAUGGUCUGUCCCUCUUUAAAACCCAAGUCUAGUUUCGGUCCCGAAUCUCCAAGCUGGGAGCUUUUACUGAGUUCGUUCUCCUGUUUCACCCAUCUGCAGAGAGGCAGAAACACAAACACACACACCAUCAGCACUGGUACUGAAAUAAACAAUGCAUCUCAGCAGUUUCCAGGAAGAGAAGACAGCAUGCAGCUUUCUGUUAGAGCAGGACUGUAUAUCCUCAAGACAGCAAGAAUCUUCCUGCAGUUAAUCUGCACUUACUUGAAAUGGUCCUGUAAGGCAACGUUGAAGUCGAAAGCGUCCCCUCGGUCUCCAAAACCCACUCCUAUAAAAGCACUACGACCUAAAGAGACGAUUUUACACCAACUCACAUCAGGGAUUAAGAAAUGAUCUGCAGUUUGAUUAGCAUUUUCCCCACAUUCACAAUCUCACCGUUAUCGUCCUGUAUCCGCAGGACAAAGUAUCGGCUGGAGUCGCUGACUGUUUCCACUGAAACACCAGGGUACUCUUUGACUGGCGCCUGGGCAAAUAGCUCCCCUGCAGAACACAGUAACGUUAAAACAACAAGAUCGAAAUUCAUAGGGGUUAGCUCAUGUUGGGCCAUCUCACUGGAUGAAUCUGGCAUCAAGCCUCUGCAUUAAUUUCUUAUGCGGGACAUUGAAAGGGUGUUAUCCUGCCUAUCCUUUGGUCACAUGCAAAAACAAAAAAAUAAAUAAAUUGAAUGUUUUUAUGGUUUAGACUAUCUAAAAAUGUUCUAUAAUUAUUUACUCUUUCGAUGCUCCUCAUUCUAUAUGGAGGGAUUUCUACGUAGAUGGCUAAAUAGAAAGCUCAUCUGUAAAAUUAAAAAACACUUUCAGAUAUUAUAAAAGGUAUUUUUGUGCCUUAAAAUAAAUAUUGAUUACAAAUGGUAAAAAAAAAACAAAUCAAUUGAGACAUGAAGUCUCACCUGAGACCUUGUCUUCUAGUUUAAUAAAGGCCACUUUGCCCUUCGCUGUGAUCCUCAUACGGCCGGACCAGUCUGGAGCAUCCAGCUUCCAGUCUGCUGCCCUGUAAAUCAACAAAAUAUUUUAACAAAUAUCAAUAUACAGUAUUAUCAGGUAGUGGUUGACCCAUCUCUGAUUUUUUUUUUCUCAAAACAUUGCUGCCGUUCUGCUUUUGACAAUCUACAACAAUUUAGAAAGAUUUUGAGGGCUAUGAUCAUCAGAAACUAGCAAGAAUAUGCAUAUUUAUUUUCUUCUACAGUUAAAGCUCAAAAUAUAAAAAUACAGGGGGGAGGGGGACUCAUCACAGGGCUGCCAAGUUUCAGAAAAUGACAAGAGUGAGACUUAGGCGUUGUGAUGUGAUUGGCAGCAAACAUUUUUUUUGUCUUUUUUAACGUCAAAAUACCGUAAGACUGAUGUCCUCACCUCCAUGCCAGCUGCUUUCCCAAAUGCUAGUUUUAAUUAAACAGAAAUUAGACAUGAAAAUUGUAACAAGAAUUUUGACAAAAUAGAUUUAUUUGUCAAUAUUGCUUUAUGUCGAGUGGGUAUUAAAUGUCGAAGGACUGACGGAUUGGUCUGGGAUUGGUUAUCUCGGUCAGUCAAUCAGAGUUACUCGAACCAUGGCAAGCCAAGUUUACUAUCAUGAAAAAAAAAAUACAGAGUAUUGAAUGGGGAAAAAUAAGCGUGAGAGAUGUCAAGUGUAGCGUGUGGUGUAAGAAUGGGUCAAACUGCGUGACUAUCAUUCCCACUGAGCAAUAGACUGCUUUUAGACAUCUAGUUUUUCUUAGGCCUAAUUUCAACCAUCUAGAUUCUGUAUACUUUUAGACUUUGCACUUUAACCCAUUAUUCAAUAACUAUUUAUUUCAAAAAGCAACUGUGAGUUGCAAAAUUGAUCUCCAAGUACUUAACCAAAAUAAUUAUGAUAGCCGUUGAGCAGUAUACAGUGUAGUAUAGAUAUAGCCCAGAUUUAGAUUUAGUCUAAACUUAGUCUAAAUUUAGACGUCUAAAAAAAGCCUUCAUUUUUAGACCUGUGGUAGCCUGAUUUUAGAGCAGUUGUCUAGGCUACAUUUUGACGUCUAUUAGACCUCUUUUAGACCAAAAAUGCUCAGUGGGUUAUUUCAGCCCUGGUCCUCAAACUGCCUAAGCACGCCCCUGAAUAUGCAGGAUGGUUUAUGAAUGGUUUUCCAUCGUUUCUUGGGAUCUGUCUUCGUCCCAUCACCCUCCACGGUAACAAAUACGCUUACAGGCUUAAGUUCUUAGACAAUGUCAAACAAAAGCAGAAGUGAAAGCGACUAUUCCUUAAUUCAGCCGUUUCUCUGUGGAAAGAGGACAUCCAAGCUGUCACGGGAGGGAGUGGGACUAUCCUGGCGAAUCGCCCAUAAUCGACCCCGCCGUGAUGACAAAUCCUCCUGUCACAUCUGUGACAACAAAAACGUUUAACAGUCUCAACCGCUUAAUUUAAACCGUUCACGAGUGUCCACCUGCGCUUUUUCUGACAUGAAGGAUGGAGCUGGUGUCCCUGUCAAUGCGAGCUUUGAUGGAAAACAGUGAAAGUGAACAAACACACUCACUAACACACAAACAGCAAACAUCGUUCAACCGUAUUUCACAGAGCCGUUAACGCCCGAGCGUUACGUCUUUACCUGUAAGCGCGGUUUGAAGCUCGCGGCGGGAUGCGAUAAACGUUGACAUCUGGUUUCACGCACAGAAUCGACUCGUACUCGCCCUCGGACGCCAUCUUGAUUCAACUGUUAUUGAUGUGGGAGUUGUGGUUGUGACUCAUUUAUUCGGCUCUUUUCUGAGGUGUGUGUCCGUCAGAGUGUGGCGUGUGGUAGGAUAACGAGUGUCAUCUGAAACUCAGUGCACUACACAGAUUACAACAGGCCUUGAACUUUUAUCAAACAGUUUGAUACGUUCAUCCUACGUAAAAUUGAAUUCAUUUUAAAUUCGUACAUUUUCAAAAUUAGAGAUGUGGCAAAAUUUUUAUAUAUAUUUUGCUAGAAAGCAGUAAUAUAUUUGGGGGCGUGGAUUGUGAGGUCUCAAAACCUACGGAAACGGAAACCGUUGUGUCGUGCCCGCUGAUGGGAGUUUCAGCUCUUUACAGUGAUCCUUGCCAUUCGGCCAUGCUCACCCAUAAGAGCCGGCUCGAGUAGGGGGUGUCUGCAGAGCCGGAGAGCCAAGCAGAUCCACAACAGUGACAGAUCCACAACCCUCUUUGCGCCCCUGCUGGACGGAGUGGGUAAUUGCAUGACAGAUCCACAACCCUCUUUUUAACUGCUGCUUCUUUCGCAAAAUAUAUUGGCUCAAAUGGAGCAAAACGUGAAUCACAUCAUUUUUUAGUAAUUAAUAAAACUGUUGUCUUGAAUUUGAAAUAAAUCCAAAUGUGACAGGCUACGUUAAUGACAUUUUUCCCUAUGCAUUUUGCGGGCACUUUUUUAUUUUUUACAUAAAUUUCAAAUCCUUGAAAGGAAGUGGGCAGAGUCUCAAGAACAGAACACUUUCUUCACAAAUUUCAAAGACUUUUUUUGAUUAGAUAUUAAUAUGUGACUGCGGUCAUUUAUUUAUUUACUUGUCUAUUCAGUUAAAUUUCUUGGCACAAAAACUUAAAGAUUAUGCAAAAAUAAAAGAGAUCACCGUGUUUAGUUAAAGGAGUUAGAAAUAAGAGCCGAUUCGUUCGUGAUCGACACAUCAGCACUAGCGUCGUCUCCUCGAAGAUUCCUGAAGCUCAACCCAGGGUUAGUGCUUCAUUUCUGCUACAAAAACGCAUUUUUGGUACGCGCAAUGAUACACGGCUGCUGUGUGUUAUUUCGAUCUCAAAUUCGUGUUGUUUCUUGGUGUGAAACCCCCUCGUAAAGAGCUAAUUCCCGAUGUUUAAGCUGACACUUACUGGCUUGGCAACGGUCGACCGUUAGCCAUAUUGACGGCAGCUGGUCGUCUUCUGUCGCUCUCCGAGGUCCUGAAGACACAAAUUGUGGCUUAACAAACACGAUACUUGCUUAGGCAUGUCGACUUCCAGCAAAUGUCCCUCACAAUUAUAAUAAAGGUGUGUUGAAUGUGGUUCAAGCUUAUAUUUUUUCACGUAGGCCCCAGAAUGUUUUUAGCUAACUGUCAGCUAACUAGCUUGUAGCUUAGCUAGAUGGCUGCCAUAGAGGAGGAUGUGUGUUUGUCGCAGUGGUUAUUAUGACAAACCGACGGACAGGCAGGUGUGGGCACACCUUUUAGCUGCACAAGCGUGCAUAUAUUAUUACUUGCUUGUCUUUGAUUCUCUAUGCCAAGCCAUGCCUCAGCUUUUUUCAGUGUUUACCGUCUCCACCCUGCAGGUGAAGGAUCCGGUUUCUGACAUCCUGAGACACAAACCAAUGCAGUCAGGAGGAAGAGAGACCAGCAGGAUGUACGCUCACUGAGCCAGAUACUACCUUGCUCUCAACCAGCCUGAAAAUAACUCUUUGACUGCACAGACAGACUCCAGAAAAGGUAUUUUGCAUAUAUUAAGUGAUAAUGUUUAAGCCUUGAAUGGCUUUCUUCAGGCUUGAAGCAUGCAGCAUUGUCAAUAUGAUUUUUCUUGUGCCAGAUUGCAGUGGUUUGAUACACCACCUCCUACUCAGACACCAUGACGUCCUCUAUGCUUCGCCGGCAGUUGAAGAACCUGGUCCAAAACUACUCUGAGGCCGAGGUCAAGGUAAGAGAGGUCAAAGCCAAAACAUGAAAGCAGAGGAUAAAAAGGACUUUCACAGUGCUAUCUGUAAUGAUUGAAUUUGAAGUAUCAGGGCUGUAUAGACAGCUAGUGCAAGUGGGUAAAAAAAGACCAGAGAUGAGAGCUCAGAAAUGUUUUACUGCCCUGUCAAAAGAUGGCAACUGCAAGAAACUGACUUAAUAGAUGUCAACAAGCAAGUAAAACGACCAUCAAAUUAACAACUUCUCUGCUGGUACUUCACAUUUCCAAAAUAACUGAGUAUUAAAAGUAUAUUGCCACCAUGAAGUCAAGUCUUUGGUUUGUUGACUGCAGUUUUGCUGCCUGAGGUCUGGGAUUGUUGUCCCACCUACUUGUUUUUUAAGUCACAAUAACAAGUCACACCCUAUAUUUGGAAAAAGCCCCCAACAAUCCUGGUGCCUGUGCUCUAACCCCUUCACUCAAGUAAGACUCAAAGUAAGCCACAAGCUGGGUCCAGUGGGCACAGGUUUAAAUGCUAUUUAUAAUCAUCAACAGAUCAAAAAAUUUACUGAAUGAAGGAAUCUGAAACACAGCCCUAUUGGACUAUUUUGCAGUAUCCUGAGGUUGCCACACUCUCCUUGCACCGAAACUUCUUACUUUGCACCUUUUGCAGGUGAGAGAGGCAACAUCCAAUGAUCCAUGGGGUCCGUCCAGCUCUCAGAUGGCUGACAUCUCUGAUUUGACCUACAAUGUUGUGGCCUGUAAUGAGAUCAUGACAAUGUUAUGGAAACGACUGAAAGACGACAAGAACUGGAGACACAUCCACAAGGUAACAAUAACUAUGAACAACUAUUCUGUAAAUUGACUGUGGUUAAAGCGGUAUUUAAAUGUCAUGAAUAACUAUGUAAAGUUUGAAUGGGGUCCCGCAUUUGAAACAUGAUAUGCCCAUUAUUUAUAAACACCUAACAUGUUUCUACCAUGACAGACUUUGUGGUGAAUAGAACAUAUUAGUGUCAAUUCUUAGCAUUGCUUGUUUUGAGGAUUUUGCACAUUGUUCAUCCAUUCCCACCAAAUCAGUGAUUGUACAAACAUUAAAUUUUGCUCUGCUGCAGUUUCACUCCACUAUGGUUUUGAUCAAGCCCUCAGUUACAGUCAGUCAUUCCAUAAUCAUGUGUUAAUUACCGUGCUUUUGUUUCAUACCAGUCUCUGACACUGCUGGAGUACCUGUUAAAGACCGGUGACGAUCGUGUGCUUCUGAAAAUGAAGGACAACAUCUACAUCGUUAAAGCGCUCACAGAGUAUCGCUUUGUAGAAAAGGACGGCAAAGAUCAGGUGACAGACGUCUCUGGAUAAUGUCCAAAGCGUGCAUCCUUUUAGUAUCAGUUAAAAGGUUACAUGCCAAGCAUUAAGACUUUCCAUUAUAGGUAUUAUAACAUCAAUACCAUUCUAUCUAUAAUGCAUAAGCUUUGUUUACAAGUUCAGGACGGACAGAUUAAGUCAGGUUUGCUCUCUCACAGACCGUACACUUGUGCUGGACUAGAUCUUAAGUAAUUGAAUUAGGGUUUCUUUAAUGAGAAAUUUGGACCAUAUGCAGGUUUGGUCAUAUUUUCAUUAGCUCUUUAUCAUUAAGGGUAAGAUAAGGGAUUUUUUCAAAUCUUCUGGCCCAAAUCAAAGUCUAAUGUUAGCGUUUCUGCCAUAGGGUUCAAAUGUGAGAGAGAAGGCCAAGGUUGUCCUUGUUCUCAUGGAGGAUGAUGAAAAACUAAAAGAGGAGAGAGACUUUGCGGUCAAGACCAGAGAGAAGACAUCCAAAGGUUCUGCUGGUGAGACAUUUUGUCUUAAAUUACUGAUGCUGAAUUGCUGAUACUGUACAUGACAUUAGUAUCUUUAUUUGUCUUUCAAACUGAUUUCUUUUAACCAUUGCUUUAAACCAGCCUCAUCUACCGACGCCGUUAAGGAUCCCAACUACAAGCCAGUCUUUGUUGCCGGGGCAACAGGACUCCCAUGUUUAGACAACAUACCCUCUGUGGCUGAUCUGACAGCCUCGUUUGCUGCCCGCAAAGAAGAGCGUCUCAAACAGGAAGCAGAGAAGAAAGAGGCAGAGAGAAGGGUAAGCGUGAAGGCAUCAUCUUUUUUUGUAACCAGCUAAAGAACUUUAAAGUAGUUGUUUUCACUUACGUAAACAGGAAGUAUAAUUUACACCACUCAUGUAACUUUAAAAGUUUGAUUCCUUUUUUUUUUUUUUUUUUUACCACGGUAUAAUCUAGGCAAAAAUGACUGAUGAUGAGCUUCAAUGGGAGGAUGCAGGCAAAGCCGGUGAUGUUAAAGGUGCAUGGGGAGGAAAGAAUGCCGAGGAGGAGGAGGAGGAACCUAAACAAGAUGCAUGGGGGGCCCCUAAAGAACCUAAAGAGGCCACGGAUCCAUGGGGCACACCUGCAAAACCGGACACAACUGACACACCAGCUGACAGUGAUGCUUGGGGGGCUCCAUCUAAAAAGGAGGAAGAUCCAUUUGCAGCACCAAAAACAGAAGAAGAUCCAUUUGCUGCACCAAAAACUGAAGAAGAUCCAUUUGCUGCACCAAAAACAGAAGAAGAUCCAUUUGCUGCACCAAAAACUGAAGAAGAUCCAUUUGCAGCACCAAAAGUUAAACCUGAUCCUUUUAGUUCAUCAAAAGAUGACCCAUUCAAUGCACCAAAAGACAAGGAAGAUCCAUUUGCUGCUCCUAAAGACAAACCUGAUCCCUUCAGUUCGUCUGUAAAUGAUUCAUUCAAUGCUCCAAAAGAUGAUCCCUUUAAUACUCCGAAAGACGAUCCUUUCAACACCCCAAAAGAGGAUCCUUUCAAUACUCCAAAAGAUGAUCCCUUCAGUACUCCUAAAGAUGAUCCCUUCAACACUCCGAAAGAUGAUCCCUUCAACACCCCGAAAGACGAUCCCUUCAAUACUCCAAAAGACGAUCCCUUCAGUGCUCCUAAAGAUGAUCCCUUCAACACCCCGAAAGAUGAUCCCUUCAAUACCCCCAAAGACGAUGCCUUCACGGCAACUACAACACCGCCUAAAGACGACCCUUUCUCUGCACCGAGUAAAGUUACUCAAGACGAUCCUUUCACUGCAACAACGCCACCCAAAGAUGACCCCUUUGCUGCUCCUACCACACCACCUAAAGAUGAUCCUUUCUCCACAACAACCAAACCUGACGAUCCAUUUUCUGCACCAUCCCAACCUGCAAAACAUGAUCCUUUCACAGAUUCAACACCCCCUAAAGAGGAUCCGUUCUCCGCCACAUCUAAGGAUGAUCCUUUUGCAGCACCAUCGACACCACCGAAGGAAGAUCCUUUCUCUGCAUCAACCGAACCUUCAAAGGACGAUCCUUUUGCUGCACCAGCAACACCACCAAAAGAGGAUCCUUUUGCUGCACCAUCACCACCAGCAAAGGAAGAUCCUUUCUCUGCGCCAUCCAAACCUACAACAGAUGAUCCCUUUGCAGCACCAACAGCGCCCUCCAAAGAGGACCCUUUCGCCGCGCCACCAAGCCCUCCAAAAGACGAUGCCUCAGACCCUUUCAACGCCCCACCCCUGAGCUCACCCAAAGACAGUGCAGAUGCAUGGGGAGCCCCUACUAGCCCUCCAGCCGACAGCAGCUCAGAUCCCUGGGGGGCACCAUCUGCUCCAAAUGAAACCAAGAGUGGAGAUCCCUGGGGAGACGGGCCAAGUGCCACCUCACCUGUUGACAGUUCAGACGCAUUCGGGGAUUCUUCAAAACCAGAUCCAUGGGGUCUAACAGGUAAGAAACAAACAAGUGCUUUGGUGUAAAAAUAUUGACGUCUGGAAUUAUCGCAUGAAAAAAACGGUCCCGGUGUGAAAGGACCUUAACAGGGAACAUUUAAGAUCGACAAGUGAUUUUUUUAAGUCGUGAUAUAUAUCGAUAUCGACUGAUAUGAAAAAAAAUAUCAUGAUAAACUUUCUCCCAUAUCGCCCAGCCCUACCUCUCAGUAUAGCUCAGUUUUAACCUGCAUUUUAGGAUUCUCCUCUGUCUCCUUGUUUAGCUGCAGCUCCUGUUAGCGCAGACGACGCAUGGGGCGCACCUGCUCCACCCUCAGACUCGUCCCCAACUAGUGACCCUUUUGGAGACGGAUCUAAAAAAGGGGAUCCAUGGGGCACACCAAGCAAUGCAACAAGCAAUGGGACAGGUAGAUUUCACUUCACACUCUCUCAUCCAUCCAUCAUCACUCAUAAAAACCUCAAACACCUCAUAUGUGCUUCACUUUUUUUAAAACAACUUAACGUUCCUAAAAGAAACUAAAGAUUAUUUAUGUUUAAGCAGUUGUCUUUGUUUUUAUCUGACUAUAACAGCCCUAAAGUGACACAUUAUGUGUUCCUGUCUAUGUGCAUUAACUUAUUAAUAUAUGCUUUUUUAUAUAGAUUUAACCUUUUUUGCAUGCGUGACCACUGUCCUCCAUUCUCUCUCUUUCUGCUCCAUCCCUCCAUCAGUUUGCUGUUGGCUAACAAUCUUAAUCAACUAAACUCUCUUCCGCUUUACUCUCUCUUCCCUCCCUGACCUGUCCCCCAAAAAGAAAACACCUUUUAGAGUAGAAUUGGACCUUUAUUUGAUUGCAGGGAAGCGUGCAGCGCAGAACAAUGAGACGUACAGAAAGACUGCUUCGUUUCUGGGCUCCGAGGGGGCGUCGCUCGUCGACCUGGACGAUCUAUUUUCCUCUAACCCCAAACCCAAACAGCACCCCGUCGUCAACGCGCACACCACCCAGACACAGGCCAUCGGUAAGGACGGACGGAUUGCUUUGGUCUGGGUGCAGGAUAUCAUUUUUGACAAAGUCUUCAUGUGGGAAUAUUUGUCGGGCACUUGAUUCCGAUGGCUGCAUGAUCAACCGUAAAGAUCGGGAGAUCGGUGCGAUGGUAAAAAUCAAUGACUCCAGGUGAAGUUUGAAAGCAUUCCUCUGCUGUUUCAGCGGAAGUAUUUGGAGAGGUAGAGACAACGUGAAAGGCAAAUCGAUAUGAUUAAAAAGCUUACUGUGGUUCUAUGUAUAGCCUAACCGACCCUCCUCCCCUGUGGUCUCGCUGUAGUGUAUAGAUGUUGUUGUGUAUGUGCGUGUGUGUGUGUGUGUGAGCAUUAGUGCAGUUUAGUAGAGUAUUUUAACCAGCAGAUAUUUAACUCUUCUCACCCCUCUCUCUGCUUUGGCACAUUUUCUCUCUGCUGGAAUGCCUCAAACUGUAAAUCCCCCUCCUUCCCCUCAUCCUCCUGUUACUCCUCCUGAUUUCCCAGGCGCUUUCAAAGCCCGGGUCGUGUCACCCAGCCCUGUGGUUGGAUCAGGGGCUGCUGCAGGGACGUCCCUUCCUGAAGCGUCAGCCCCUUACUGCAGUCCAUUUUACAGUCCUUCUUUUGGCGCACGUCUGCCCACUAUGGCAGCUUUUUCCAACGAAGUGCCGUCAUUUCCGCCGCCAUCUUAUAUCACAGGAGUUUCUCACUCCAGCAUCAGUAUGCUUCAGGGGAGUCAAGCGCCUCCUGCAUAUUCAGGAUACAGGAUGGUAGAAGGAGGUCCGCAAACGGGACUCAACAUGAACCCAGACUACAGAGGAGGAGGAAUGAUGCAGACUGGACCUCUGGUGGGAAACCCCUCAGCAGACCCUCUCUUCUUUGGAAAAAGUUCAGGUCAGUCCAGCACCUUUGGGGGACACUGGCAAGCAGGAGUCACACAGUUUGGAGGAAUCACACCACAAAUAGAGGGUGGAGUCCAGGCGCAGUUACUCACAAAGAGCGGGCUGGGUGAAACAGACAACAAAAACAACAAUCCUUUCCUGAUGUAACACCCCAUCAUGUUAUCGUUCCUAUUUAAGUACCGUAUUUUUCGCACUAUUAGGCCCACUUAAAAUCCUUUUGGCUUGUCGGAGCGCUGCAGCUACCGUAGCCUCGUGGAGUUAUUGAAUGAGUUCAAUAAAGUUUGACUUAUCUGACUGUUUUGUUUGGCUUAACACGCUUUAUAAUCCGGUGCGCCUUAUGUAUGAAAACAGAUGCAAAUAGACGUGUUCAUUGAUGGUGCGCCUUAUAAUCAGGUGUGCCUUAUAGUGCGAAAAAUACAGUACAUGUUUCAGCCUUUAUGUCGCAUCGUUCUCUGCCAACCAUUUUCCAAAACUGAAGGAUUUUUACUUUUGUAUGAUCAAGAUUUUAGCUUUUGUCAUUCACUCAGUUUUAUUUUUUAGUUUUUUGGUUAGACUCAAUAUGAAGAUUAAAAUAAAAAUGAUCUUUUAGGUAAAACCGAGAUGCGUAUAUACGUAGGGACACAUUCAGUCACCUCCGUGUGCAAAGUAAAAAAAAACCUGUCUCUUUGACUGUCAGUUUUAAUAUCUGUCAGCAGCAACAUUUCCAGCUUAUAUCAGCAUUUAACAUCCACAUCUUAACACACGUUACUCAUUUACGGUAAUUUCUCCUUUUGUGUCAAAUUACUUACUGUGUAUUUCACAAACUGGUUUAUUUACCGUUGAGGCGGACCACUCUCCUCCGUGUGUCCCUGCUUUAGAUCCGUCCCUCUGCUGUGCUGUGAGGUAGUGGAACAUUUUUUAAGUGAAACCGGUACCGAUUUAAUCGUCUGGCCAAUAAAUCGGUUGGGCCCUAUCUUGUCGUCGCGUUAAUUUGAUAAACAGCAACAACCUUCAUGGUGCUCUUUUGGAAAAUGGUUGGCAGGUGGUCACACUUCAACAUGAAAACCAUUUAUAUGAUCCACUUACCGACCCAACACCUCCUGAGCUCCCACUGGAUGUCACCACAUGUCCGCUCAUCACAAUAGCCAUGGUGUCGAUGCAUGCGGCAGAACAGUAGAGAGUGAAAUUAUGGGUGAACAUGCGUAAAAAUACCAUUAAAUCAGCUGGUUUUACAGUUUUUCAUGCACAAGAGAGAGAAGCAGAGAGCCUCAGGUGUGUCUGCCAUGAAAUCCUGAAGAGUUUCUGUGUAUUUGAGUGUCGUAUGAUCCUGUGAACAAUAACAGAGCUGAACUGAGACAGACGUCACUGUAGGUUUUCAUUACGUGUGCAUGUGUUUGUACAAGGCAGAGUGUGUGUGUGCGUGCGUGUGUGUGACCUGUGUGCACGCAGUGUGUGUGCAGUAUAAAUAUAUAUAUAUAUAUAUCGUGCUGAUGUAAAUAGUGGAAGUAUUCACAGAUAAACCUUGAAAUAAACUGUAUAUUAGAGUGUUACAAUCAUGAGGAACUAUUUAUUGAUCUAUUUAUUGAUUGAUUUAUUGCUUGAUUAUUUAUUGAUGCAGCAGCGACAGCCUCCAACAGGAAAGUCAGAGUCUUUGUCAGAUGGGAUUGAUCAUAUGAAGUGACAUGUGAUUGGCUCUGCUCAAAAGCCGCAUCACCAAUCAGCUCGGUAACCAAUCGUGGCUUUUCUGUUCUCUGUUUAGAUUUGUAGUCCUUCUGGAUUUAUCGUGUUUCGAUCAUCUUCCCCGUGGCAAAGAAAAAGAUGUUAUGUGACGAAUUUCAGAGAUAAAAACCGAAUUUGAACAUAUCAGUCUCUUAAAUGUGCAUGCUGUGUGCAGGUCAUCCUUUUUUUAAAGUUCAUGUGUGGCACAAAAAAAAAGCCUGAGUCUACUCCACGGAGAGCGUUCAGACUUUUCGUAGCUGGGUUUAUCUUUGCACAGGACCAACGAAUUCACACUGUUUUGAUUUGUUCUUUUGUGUUUCAGGAGUCUGUACACGUCUUUUCUUUCUUUUUUAUGUAUUUUUGACUCAUUUCAAUGUGAACUCUUGAAACUUGAGGAAAAAGCCAGUUCAGCUUCAGGGAGUUUCAGUAGAGGAAGAUGAGAAUGAGAAACUAGUCCUUAUUAUGAUUUCUCAAAUAUAAUUUUGUAUGAAAUUAAUUUAUUUUGCUGUGUAUUUAAAUCUAAAGCUGUGUUGUUAACUGUGACAGUAUACAGUACAUUUUAGAAAUAAAACGAUAUGACUCAUACUCUCAUAAUUACUGUGGUUUUUCAGCAACUUUAUCUGAUUGUCAUAAUGAUCUCUUAUUAGGCCGGAGCAUUUAUGAAGAAAAAAAACCCUAACCCUAAAAAAAUUCUAACAAAAGUUUUAAAAUUUUGUUAAUUUAAGUAAUGUAUCUACAUAUUUACUUUUUUCUUUAACAAAUUGCUGCUUUUGAGCCUUUCACACACUUUAUUAAUCUAAGAAAUAUUCCAAGUAGUUAUCAUUAAGCGUUUUGAACUACCCCCCUCCGCCAAUCGGUGCCUCUGUGUUACUCACUUCCGGUCCGGUCUCAUCUGGAGGCAUGCAGCUGCCUCAGUAAGAGAAGUAGCUCGAUCACGUAUGUGUACUGUUGUUUAUUCUACCGUUACUGGCACGGCUAACAGUGUAGCAAGGCUAAUAGCAGAUGGCUAACUAACUCUAACUUUAGCUUGCAUAUUACAUGGUGCUUCACUGUUAACUCAGCGUGACCGAGACCAGCACAGCAGGAACAUCGUGAGGUGGGUUGAACUGAAACUUGUUGACUUAUUGUGUAUUUCACAAACUGUUGUAUUUCGGGGGAUCUUUUUAAAUGGUGCAACAUUUUUGUAGUGAAACCGAAUCUUAUUCUCCGCAUUUUAUUUCUGAAAAUAUCGGCGAGUUUUGGCCGAUUACCUAUUAGUCUCAAACGGGCUAAAAUUGGCCGAUUUAAUCAGCUCGCCCAUAAAUCGGUCGGGCCCUAAGUAACAUAUUCAAAGUUUGACCACGAGAAAGGUGUCUUUUUCUAGAUUGCGUCCAUGAUGGAAGAAAGACACCCAAGGUGAAUAGGGUAAAAACUUUUAACUAACAGAUAUCACCAUGAAACUUCCCAUGUUUAUAAUUUAUGUUAAAACAAAUAUUUUUUGUAUUACAAGUUUUGUCAAAUGUUAUGUUGGAAUAUGUAAAUGAGGCAAAUAUGCACCAAUUUGCAUACAUUUCCAGAACCGAAAACUAAACAAUGGAUAAAGCCCCUUUCAAAAUUCUUGAUUGUCUUCAUGGUGAUAUCUGUUAGUUAAAAAUUUUACCCUGUUCCCCUUGGGUGUCUCCCUCAGGCUUCCUACCCAUCAUGAACGCAAUCUUGAAAAAGACAACUUUUUGGUGGUCAAACUUUGUUAAACUUUUAGUAUGUUAUUAAGAACAUCUAAUACUAUAAAAAACAGCUGAGAAACCUUUUGUUUGGGGGGGCCAAGUCAUCUUUGCACCUGACUAUAUUCUGUUUCUGCUGGAAUGUUUGACGUUUGUUGUGAACCUGCCUGGUGUCUCCACAAGAGGGCGAUAAAUUACACACAUUUAGAGACAAGAUGGACCAGCCACGGUAAAACAUGAGAUCAUUAAGGGAAAAUGAUCAUUUGGCUCACUUGAACAGUAUUUUGCAAUUCAAACACUGAAACUAGAAAUUAAAAUGCAACGAUUCUGGUUGGAGUUGAGUCAGACGAGGCGGUUUCGGUGUUAAAUGAAAGCUGGAGAAUUUGGGGAUUUAGCCUCAUCAUUCAUUGAGAGAGGCGGCUUACUGUCCUAAAACAGAGGAGAGAUGGGGACAUUGAGGAUUUGACCGUCAGCGUGGGUCACAUUAGCCCUUCUUUCGUAAGUGUUUGUGUCAGGGGGUGAGAUUUGACCAUGCAAGCAUAAGAGUUCUUGUCCACCAGAAUAAAACUGCUCUUUUGUACACGUCCACAGGUCUUCACAUAAAUGUUCAAACGCUGGUUCUUCAGUGUCCCAUACGUGUGAAAAAGGCCAAACUUGAACAGCCUGUUUGAAACGUGCUGUUCCCUGGAUUUCCAAUCAGAGCUUCAAACCAAUGGCUCUUCAGUCAUUGAUGGGAUUUCCUAAAGCCUGCAGCUGUAUAUAAUGUACAGCUGUAAUGGUCUGCGAUAAGAAGGGCUGGAAAGCAGCAGUUUAGAGAAGAGCGGGGGACAAUGAGACUCCCGUUUCAAUCCAAGCUGCUCUAUACCAUGAUGUCAAAGUAAUCACUAUAGGCCGGGAGGUCAGGAGGGUUACGACAGAGGAGGAGAGAUGAAGGAAACUGAAAGAGAGAGAGAGAGAGAGCUGUGGGGAUGGAUGAAGAGACACAGUAUAGGGAGCAAAGGGGAGGGAAAGUAACAGAUGGACUUGUGAGGAUUAGAGGGAAAUCUGGGUGGGUUUCUGAUGGAAACUCACCCAAGACGGAGAAGGGAGCGAUGAGGGAUCGCAGAGGAAAAGUGAAGAAACCUGGAUCCCUGCUGGAGGAAGAGUGAAGGAAAGACAAAGAGGAGUCUCUGCUGCCGGGGUCUCAAAUGUGGUGAGUGGAGCUGUUUUUUAAUUCUCCAAUCAAGGGUAAGCUCAUCAAAAGUUGAGCGUGAGUAGCAGCUAGAUUUUUCAAUCACAAGGCAAAAGAUUUGAGCUUAACAUGAUGAGAUGAUACGGACGGCAUUUGACACGAGGACAGCAACAAACUGUGUUGUACUUUUACAGUUUUUACUACAGAAGAAUGAGUGUUUACGGUGUUUAAGGUAUUUCUCGACACUUUUAAUUGUGCAGCGCCAAUUACAUGAGCAUGUUCUGUUUAUAAAACUAUUUUUACAUAACAAAAGGUAAAACUCAGAAAACUCCACAAUCACCUUUUCAAAACAAGAGCAUUUUAACAAAUCGGCAUUACAGAAAGUACUUCCAAAAGAAGAGAGAAGAAAAAGGAAGGGCUAAAAAAGGUGGUAAUUAUCAGAGAUAUUGAUUUUACAAUUAUGAGUGGGCAUUUCUCGAAGUAUUUCACACCUGUGGGGCUGCGCCUCCCAUUAAAAUUGACAAAUUUGUGUUUAGUAAGUUUUGAGCUAUUAGCCAUAGUCUGUGUUUCAACCAUCGCUUUACCAGGAUGAUAUUUCCACUUGUAAAUAUUUGGCUUUUUUCUGCAGAUGUACUUUUGUGAGAUCUUUCCAGCUUGCAUGAUAGUGUGAUGCCCACAUUUUAAAAGACUCCUUGCCUUGAGAGCUUAGUUUUUUUCUGCAUUUCAGCUCCUUCUUACUUCCUGAAAUGUUCAGUUUUUGCAAAGUAAAACAAAAAGAAUAAAGAAAAAAAUGUAUUAAUUCAUAAAAAUGAAAAAUCUUGUUUAUUUACUGAUUGUUGGAUGAAGAAAACACGACUUGUGUUGAUGUUAUGGUCGCACAGGGGCGUGUCCAGAAGGGUUACUAGGGGUGGCACUGCCCCCCCC